ACCAUGGUCCAUGGUGUGUGAUUCCGUUUCCGCUCCAGUCGGGAACCGUGUGGUCUCUGCAGAAAUGUGUGGAGAUGCUGUCGCUGGGGCAGAGGGAACAGCCGCAGCAUCCAGCUGACAGAUGAACGAAGGAACGGUGCUCCGUGCCCUCGGCUCUCGGCACUGACACACUCGCAUCCGCGCGGUUCGCGCAUCGGUCCCGUUCCCGCACAUUCCCGGACUCGCGUGAUUGACUGACGCUGCCCCUUCUCAUGGCGAAAAACACCCAGUCCUCACGAUUCCGGGGAGUCGACAUCGACGAAUACGACGAGAAUAAAUUCGUGGAGGAGCAGGACGAGGCGUCCGAGCAGCAGGGACCGGACGCGCGCGAGGUGGACGAUCUCAUCAGACAAGGGGACACGAUGACAGCAUUUCACGUCGCCUUGAGGAAUCCACCAAUCAACUCCAAGAACCCGGCAGUGAAAGAGCGGGCACAGGCGGUGGUGUUACGAGUGCUGACUGCAUUCAAGAGCAGCGAUAUCGAGCCGGCCGUGAAGUCUCUGGACAGGAACGGAGUGGACCUGCUGAUGAAGUACAUCUACAGAGGCUUCGAGAAGCCCUCGGACAACAGCAGCGCCAUCCUGCUCCAGUGGCACGAAAAGGCUUUUGCUGUGGGGGGUCUGGGGUCCAUCGUACGAGUGCUGACUGCGAGAAAAUCUGUCUGAAGAGCCGCAAGAAACUGAAAGAUAACCAGCCACGGGAUUUGUUUCUCUUUCUUAGACGAGGACCGCUUCCUAUCUCACAGCUCAACCUUAUCCGAAGAAAAACCACUCAUGCUCAAUUGAUUAUUCCACUCAAAAACACAAAUAUUGUAUGAUAUAUAAUGUAAGUUAUUGAUUCAUCAAUAUGUUGUUACUGAAGACAUGAUUCUGGACUAAUGAAGGUGAACGGUUGUGAGCAGGGGCGGACUUUACCAUUAGGCAAAGGUCGGCAAUUGCCUUGGGCCCCGAGCUACCUAGGGGCCCCCAAAAUGCCCCAUUAACUUGCUUAAAGAUUUUUAUUUUUUUUUACUUCGUGCAAAAUAUAUAUUUCUAAAACUCCAUUUGAAAAAUGGCAUCAAAUCAUUAGUGUCGCAGACAGGAGGGCCCCCCCCCCACCUCACUACAUUGGACUAUUCCAUUAUUUCACUUACUGCGCAUCUGCGAAAGUGACAAGGCUGUAAUGCGCCAAAAAACUGACGAAGAAGAAGUGAUUGACAGUGAUAGACAUUGUGUACAGAGAGAGAGUGUUGACAGUAAAAAUGAAGCGAAGCUACCCAAGCGGUGCUGAAAAAAGGAAGAAACAGGAGGAAAGCAAAAAGUUUUUAGGAAAAUUGAUGAGUAAUGAGUACUAGCAGUCACUAGCCGCAUUUCCACUGUCGGCCCAGUGCGAGCCAGGGCUUAAAAGAGGCCGUUUGUUUGCAUGCUUUGUUAUAUAUUCAAAUUCAAAAUCAUCGAUGUUUUAACUAUAGAAUUGAUU